AGUCGGUGUAGCUUAGUCUGAUACCUCCUGCUCACCCGACUGCCCUGGUGUGAGCACCCGGAGACCUAUAGCACCCAAACAUGAAGUUCAAUCUAGUUCUAGUUAUCUUAGUGCUAAUACAGCAAUCCACCGCCGAUUACUACAAAACAAAACCUAGUUUCGUGAAAACAUGUGUGAGGCGGGAUCCUGAAUUUGAAGAUUGUUCUAAACAGGCUGUGCAACAACUUUUCGAUGCUCUUGGGCCAGGUUUACCCGAGAUCGACUUGCCCAAGCUAGACCCGCUGAAGAUCCCGAAGAUCAGGAUCCUUCAGGGCGAGGGUCCAGUCAACGUCAACGCGGCUCUUGAUGACGUCAUCGUCACUGGCUUCGGCAAGACUGAGGUGCAGCUGAGCCAGGUCGACAGUAAAACGUACGAUUUUUACACGAGAGUGCGCGUGCCUAAGAUGAGGAUUGAGGGAACUUAUGACCUGAAGGGGAAGAUACUGCUGAUACCUCUAGUGGGGCGCGGUCAAUGCUGGUUUGAGCCGACUAAUAUGACCAUUGAUAUUGUUAGCGACGUUAAGUUGUAUGAAAAAGAUGGUUUCACGUUCUUCAACGUUACGUCGGCACACGUGAAGUAUUCUAUUGGUGGUCUUAAAUUACGUAUGAAUAAUCUCUUCGAUGGAAUUAAAUCUCUUGAGGAAACCACAAACGCUUACCUGAAUGAAAAUUGGCGGCCAGUAUCAGAAUCGUUGCGACCUAUUUUGUCAAAAACAAUCGAAGAUAUUUUACUCGGAUUUAUGCAAAGACUAUUUAAUAAUUUACCCGGCAAUUUCAUGAUUGAAGAUGUUAAAAUCCCAAGUAAAAAAUAUGACAAAAAAGAUAAAGUUUGAACGUAAUUAUUGCCAUUUGCUGAAAAGUGAAUUUCGUCUAAUAAAUACUGUGUAUUUUAUUAUACUUGUCAGUAGCUUUAAUUUUAUUAUAAUUUGGAUUCAUGUCUUAUUAACUCACGAUCUCUUUGUGAAAUUAAAUUAACAUUGUUUUUUUCUGUAACGGAGGAAUUUUAAUCUUUGUAUAUGUAUCAUUUAGGUUAAGAUUGUUAUUGUAAAUAUUUGAUAGUAGACAUAAGUUAAGUUUUAUGAUUCCCAAUAAAAAUAAAAUAUUUCGAUUUA